AGCCUUGUGUGGAGGAGCUAAUAGCAGAGUGACACAGCUGCCUCUCAGAACCAGUGGCAAUUUGAAGAAAACCCCUGGAGUAUUCUUUUACAGCUGAUUCAACAAGUAGAACCUUCACAUUCAACAGAUCUGUCAUAGAUAUUAAGGAGCCAACAUGAAACUGAUCUUGCACUCCUUCCUCUACUGCUGCCUCCUGGCAACCGUAGCUCAUUGUGUGGAACUUGAGGUGAAUCCACAGGUGAAGAAAAGGUUAAGCCUAUGGCUGGAGCACAGAUUGAGACGAAACCUUGACAGUGUCUCAGUGGAGAAGACGGCAGACUCUGAGAACUUUGUCAGAGCAGAAGAAGUCAGGGACAACCUGCUGCCACAUUCCAGAACUGGAAUCAGUGUGAGAACAAAAAGGUCCAAGAACCCAGUGAGCCCACCAAGGAGACAAGGUUGUUCACUGGGCACCUGCACUGUGCAUGACCUGGCCCAUCGCCUGCACCAGCUCAAUAACAAGUUGAAGAUUGGGAAUGCCCCUCCCGACAUGCUGAGUCCAAAGGGAUACGGCCGCAGGCGUCGGUCUGUGCCAGAGCAGAGACCUUCACGGAGCCAGGAGCAGGACCGGCCCGAGUGGAGGAUAACAGACUCACAGGUUCAUAAGCUGAUGGCUCUCCUCAAACGGACAUGAAUAGAACUUUGUCAAAAGAAUGGGAGUAGCAGAUCAUCCUCUCUGCUCUGCUCUGAAAUUCUCAAAAUACCGCAGACUCCUGACUUGUUCUCUGCAGCACAUUUAUUUUUCAGCCAGGAGGACUUAGUCAGAGAACAGACUGUGUUACACUGAGGUUGCAGCUCAGUGAUGAAGAGUGUGCAAGACUGCAGCCAGCAUGCAGACACUGGAUGGCACAGCAUGGAGGAAACUACAGGUGCUUCUCUCUGCUUGGCAGAGGCAAAGGAAAAGUACUGAUUCCUGAAGGGAACUCUUUGUCUAACGUUGUGGGACUUAACACAGUAAUUCCUCAAGUUUGGGAGUCAUCCUCCGUCCUCUAAGGAUUACACCCAUGUGGUCAAGCUGUCAGUUUUUGCCUGCACUUUUCCAUUUGGACUUUAGGUCAAAUGAAUUAUCAGGAAAAGACAAACUUUAUCACUAAGCCAAACAGAAAGAUAGGCUACAGGGCUGUGGUGCUCUGGGGAUAUGUUGAGUUUUGGACACUGUAUAAUGGAAAAUGCCUAUUAUUCUGUGAGAAUUGUGCCAGUCCAAGAUGGAUUGAAAUAUACUUGAAAUUGUUUUGUUUUUUUUGUACAAAAACAUGUGCAAUCUAUUUUUUGUGUUUAUUGCAGAUAUUUGUAUAUAUGAAUUUACUUUAUUUAAAUAUUAUAUAGAGGUUACAUUGAAGUACUUAUGCAGAUAGAACUAUUUUUGUACAGGAAGAAAUAUAUAUGGGCAUUGUAGCUAUGUGUUAUUAUUCUGUGGUGAUAGGAAAACAGUUUUUAUAGCUAUAUUAUAUAUUUGUAAAUGUGCUCUAUUUUAUUUGUGUCAAAGCAAUAACAUUGUCAUCCAAUAAACAUUUUGCAUACAAAAUGGAAA